CCCACAAGCAGUACACUCCUACCCGGUACACACUCUCCUUUUCUCGCUCACUGUGGCCUCAGUCUCUAAGCCUGCCAGGUGCUCUUCCCCCGCCCCUCCCUCCCACACUGCCUCUGUGACCAGGACUGAGCCUCCCGGACUGAGCCUCCGAUCGCCGCGCCACAUACAAAUCUUUGGCGGAGUGAGGCAAGGUGGACUGGAGAGCAGAGCAGAAGCCUGAGCCAGACCGAGAGCCACCUUCUCUCCCAGGGACAAGCAUGGCCCACAUGAUAACAUGGCUGCUGCUUCUUUUGGUGUGGGUGGCUGCCGGAUGGGCAGCCUGGCCCAGGACUGAGCUUCUCAAUAUCUGCAUGAACGCCAAGCACCACAAGGAAAAGCCAGGCCCUGAGGACAAGCUACAUGAGCAGUGCAGUCCCUGGAGGAAGAAGGCCUGCUGCUCUGUCAACACCAGCCUGGAAGCCCAUAAGGAUAUUUCCUACCUGUACAGAUUCAACUGGGACCACUGUGGCAAGAUGGAGCCCUCUUGCAAGCGCCACUUCAUCCAGGACACCUGUCUCUACGAAUGCUCACCCAAUCUGGGGCCCUGGAUCCAGGAGGUGAACCAGAGUUGGCGCAAAGAGCGGAUCCUGAAUGUGCCCCUGUGCAAAGAGGACUGUGAGACCUGGUGGAAUGACUGCCGCACCUCCUACACCUGCAAGAGCAACUGGCACAAGGGCUGGAACUGGAGCUCAGGGUACAACCAGUGCCCAGCGGAUGCUGUCUGCCACCGCUUUGACUUCUACUUCCCCACACCUGCUGAUCUGUGCAAUGAAAUCUGGAGUCACUCCUACAAACUGCCUCUGCAGAAAGAGAAAGACAUGCCCUGGAAAUUGACACCACUUGUGCUGUUUCUGGCCUGGAUGGCCUCCAUGUGCAGCGCCCGGACCAGGACAGAUCUGCUCAAUGUCUGCAUGGACGCCAAGCACCACAAGGUAAAGCCAGGCCCUGAGGACAAGCUGCAUGACCAGUGCAUUCCCUGGAAGAAGAACGCCUGCUGCACUGCCAGCGUCAGCCAGGAGCUGCACAAGGACAUCUCCCUCCUGUAUAACUUUAACCUGGACCACUGUGGCAAGAUGGAGCCCACCUGCAAGCGCCACUUCAUCCAGGACAACUGUCUCUACGAGUGCUCACCCAAUCUGGGGCCCUGGAUCCAGGAGGUGAACCAGAGUUGGCGCAAAGAACGGUUCCUGAAUGUGCCCCUGUGCAAAGAGGACUGUGAGAGCUGGUGGGAAGACUGCCGCACCUCCUAUACAUGCAAGACCAACUGGCAGAAGGGCUGGAACUGGACUUCAGGAUCUAACAGGUGUCCAGCAGGGGCCACCUGCAGCACAUUUGAGUCCUACUUCCCCACGCCUACAGCCCUGUGUGAGGGUGUCUGGAGUCACUCUUACAAGGUCAGCAACUAUAGCCGGGGCAGCGGCCGCUGCAUCCAGAUGUGGUUUGAUACAGCCCAGGGCAACCCCAAUGAGGAGGUGGCGAGGUUCUAUGCUUUGGACAUGAAUGCUGGGGCCAUGCCCCAGGGGAUUGGGCCUUGUCUUCUCAGCCUGGCUCUGAUGCUGUCUCUGGCUCCUUGACUGAGUCCAGCCCUCCCCAGAUGGUCCCCUCUGCCUGUCCCCAGCUUUGCUGGCCAGGCUGGGCUCAGCUAUGCUUCCACAAAUGAGGGAGCCAUAAGUAUGCCUUCAUCCAUUUACCCAUCCCCCUGUCAUCCAGUUCCUGCUCCAUGGUGGGGCUUGGGGUUUCUGUGACAGCCAGUUCUAAUAAAUAAGUCAACACAUUCGUAUCUGA